AUGCCUUUAAGUCGCGAGAGAUCCCAAUACCCACAAUUUCGUGGCACACUACCUUUGAAACUCUUCUCAAACGGAAGUCGGGGAAAAGAGAGUGGACAACUACCUACAAGUGGUAGAGAAAAAGAUUCUGCUGCUCAAAUGCAAAGCCGCGACGCUACAGCGCAACGGUCUCAGUGGGGCAUCAUUCCUCGAGUGAACCGGAUCGCUCCAAGAGCAUCAUCUGGGUUUUUCGAGAUCUCCUGGGGAGUGGUAAUGUCCAUCACGAAACGCAAUGUCUCGUCAGAAGACUACAGCUGGACGGAAUCGUUGAGCAAGGCUUUGCACGCUGGUAGCGAAUGGUCUGACAAGGAUGAAUUGUUAGAUGUUGUUUACUGGGGAAAACAGAUCUUAUCGCUAAUAAUUGGUGUUGCCUUUGGUGCUGCUUCUAUGCAUGGGAUUCUUGCUAUACUUGCCUAUGUUGUGAUAUCGACAAUGAUGGCCCAACAUUUUGUUGUGAAAUAUCAACAGGUUGACGAAGACGAAGUUGGAGGAUUCUGGGAAUUGGCUAAAGAAGGCUUUGGAUCAGCAUUCGCUACUUUUAUGGUCGCAUGGAUUACUGUUUAUUCGGCACUCUACCACAACUCUUACGAGGCGGUAUUCAUCUGUGACUCCUCCUAUGACGGUUGA